AUACCUUCUGUGCUAAUCUCCCAUAUACUCUUAUUAAUGAAAUUCAGGAGCGUCGCCAAACUCCAAUUCCCAAACAUAUAGAGAAAGCUUCUUGGCUUCUUUCUAUGCAAGUGAGGGCUGAAUUAUCUCCUAAGACAUUAGCAUCUUUAUCGGAUGAGCAGUUAAUUUUCAUUCUUGAUACAAUCCGCUUGCAAUAUAGUAUGGCGCUAAUAGAUUAUGGUAGUGCUGUCGGAAUUUUGGCGGCUCAAGCUAUUAGUGAGCCUUUGACGCAAUAUAUGUUGGACAGUCAUCAUCGUAGCGUGGCUGGCGGGACCAAUAAAGCUGGCUUGGUGCGGGUAGAUGAGAUUUAUAAAGCUCGUCCCGAAGAAGCGGAACAAUCUCCCUCUAUGCAGCUACCUCUGAUCCAGACCCCUGAUAUGUCACUAGCCUUUGCCCAAGAAAUUGCAAAUGCUACAGAGUUUUUAAUAAUGAAAAGAUUUGUUGAUAGAUAUGAAAUUCUUCUUGAACCUAUUUCUUCUUUGAAAUAUCCACCCUAUCUCGAUGAUGAAAUCUGGAUUUCUAAUUUCUACAAAGCACAUCCUCUGAUCCAGGCUCCCACCGAUCUCACGAAUUGGUGCUUCCGCCUCGUACUGGAUAAGAUGUCAAUGGUACUCAAGGGAGUAGAUCUAGAAUUAAUCGUUCAGCGCCUCAGAUCCCAUCAUCCCGGUUCGUUUAUUGUGCACACUCCUGAAGGGUCUCCCGAAAUAGUUAUCAGAAUCUGGCUAAGAUCUUCGGGUUUUCGUAGUAGUAAAGCUGGCAUGAAUGAAGAAG